CUCAAUUUUCAUUACCUUGUAGUACUCUGUUGUCUGUUCGUUCAAAACAAACACACAUCCUUUUUCACACACAACAAACAGUACUCUUCUCCUCCAAGCAAAGCCCUGAUAUUAGAGUUGUAAAGAAGUUUCACUAUUAUAUUUAAUUUCAUGGUAUACUUAGGCAUGAAGAGAGGAAGAGAAGAAGAGUUUGACACCACCACCAUGGCCAACUGCUUGAUGCUACUCUCUCAUGCCGCAGGAGGGUUUAAAUCACGGGCCAACUCACCGAGCCGUGUCUUCGAGUGUAAGACAUGUAACCGCCAGUUUCCAUCAUUCCAAGCGCUCGGAGGCCACCGCGCCAGUCACAAGAGGUUGCGGUUGAUGGGAGGAGGGGGCUUGAAUCACCACCAAGCGGCUGCCGGUCAGUCGCCACAGCCCUCUAAGCCCAAAACCCACGAGUGCUCCAUAUGUGGCCAAGAAUUCCCAUUAGGCCAGGCUUUGGGAGGUCAUAUGAGGCGGCACAGAGCGGCUGCCACCCCCGUGGAUGAAAACAAUCAGCCACCGGAGUUAACUCUAUCUCCGUCACAAUCACAACAAGAAGCACCGGUUGUGAAGAAGUCGAAUAGUAGGAGGAUUUUAUGUUUGGAUUUGAACUUGGCUCCUGUGGAAAAUGAUUUUGAUUUUCAGCUUCUUCCCGUGCUGAUAUCUAAGCCAUUAUUGAGGGUAGGGAUUUAAAUAUUCAACAUGUAUUGAGAUUUUGGAUUUGUCAUACUGAUAUUAUACCGUAUAUAGGUCGAUAAUGUUCUAUAUCAGUCCACUGAUAGUAUUGGCUGAUAUAUACCUUUAUCGUCAAUACCAAAACCUAUUUAAAUU